UAUGCCAUCAGAAAUGCUGAUGAAGAUAUUUUCCUAUUUGGAUGCAGCAUCUCUGUUGUCUGUUGGUUGUGUGAAUAAGCACUUCUAUGAUCUGGCCAGUGACAAUGAAAUCUGGCUGAAAAUCUAUUCCAGUUGUUUUAAACCAAAAAGGACAAUUUGGAAAAUGGAACAUGAACAAACAGAAACUGUUUCCUUGGGCUGUGCUGCUCUGCUUGAUAGAGAGCCUGGGUAUUGGAAGAAAGAAUACAUCUCCAAACAAAUAGCUACUGUCAAAACUAGAGUAAUGCAACUUGUUAAACCUGUAGAUCCUUAUACAGGUCUUCCAUGUAAAAACAAAGAAGCUAUGAAAGUCUAUGACUUGAGUUGGAUGAUUGUUCUAAAGGACAAAAAUGGGAAAGAACAUGUAGUGGAGAAGACAAACCUAUCAUUUCAGCACACAUCUCUUACUAUACUUUGGUACAGUACAGAUUGGCCGCACUUAAACAUUCUGUCGACCUUAAAACUAUUUGGAGUUAUGCCAUUGCUUCCUGACAAACGCAGAGCUCCCAGCAAGAAUGGACCUCGUCGACGCUGCUUAAUUGCUGAAUACCACCUUGCUAACCUGACUGAAAACAGUGUAGCAGUUGGUGCUGAUAGGCUUGUUCAGCUCUUCAGUCUGAAUCCAGGACUUAUAAUAGGACUUUGGAAGGAGAAAAAUGAAAUAGCUUUUGUUAUGGUGAGUCUUCAUUAUCAUCAACUUCUUGAGAGAAGCACUUUGGGUUCUGCUAGUAAUCAAUAUGUCUUUCCACCUAAAGAACCUGUAUUGGAUGAUGUUGACCCAGAAUAUGGACUGUAUAACUACAGUCUACAUCUUGAUAUGCAUGGUGGAAGUGGUACCUACCUGUGUGGAACAUUCAAGAGCCUCUUCUGCAGAAAAGGUGACAUUGCAAAUGGAUAUUUGAGGCUCACAGUUGUAAGCUUAAAGGAUGAUAUGAAGCACUCACCUCUUAUUGGGACAGUUGGCUUAUCUUGGGAAACAGAUGGGCUUAAAGGCAACGUAAAGGACUGCUAUGUGAUGGAUGUUACUCUCUUGGAGGAAACUGGAAAGCCCUUUUGGUGUAUCAGUGCCCCAGUCAAUAUGAAGUUGUCUUCCAAGGCAUCCAGCCUCUAUGAUUACAUGGGUCAUAUCUAUACCACAGAUUAUACAGAUUCAGAGGGUAAAGUCUGUAUUGAGUUGGUAUGGGUGGAAGAAACCGAGGAAUAUUUUGUGAUCAGUUUGGUGCUUUAUAUAAGUACUGAAAAGGUAAAUAACUGGUUUGGAACAAAUUACUGACUUAAUUAGGAAACUGAUUUCAUUGCUUUAAAAAACAAAGCAAAAACAAACAAACCAGCCAUCAAAACAAAACAAAAAGCCACCAAAUCCAAACAAAUUAAUGAAACAAAACAAAAAUCACACUCGACUUUUGGUGUUUAAAACUGAUAACAAAGAGCAACUCUGUUCCUUCAAGUUUUUAGUAGCAAAUGCAAUUACAUAAUUUUUUAAAAUUGUCGUUGGAGGGAUUGAAGAGAAAUGUUGAUGUAAAGAAAUGUUUUUCUUCUGUGUUGAACAUCGCAUGGUUAGUCUGCUUCUGAUAUUGUGUAUAUUGCUAUUAUUUUAAGGCAUCUUUUUCUUUAUAGAUAUUUGCUACUACGGUUAAUGAUUGCUUCUUGUGAGAGCCCUACUGUGAAAAUGCCUUACCUUACGUAAGCUACACUUUUUUUGAGAACAUUGACUUUUGUGCCUGGUAGUAAAACAGCAUGUGUGCAGUUCCCUUCAGAUUUAUUAGUAUUAUUGAUAAAAUAACAGGUUUUGACAGGUUUUGUUAAAUGCAGAACUACUUUCUUUUUUUUUUCUUUUUUUCCAGAAAAUACUGCAGUUAAAUGUCUUCUAGUAGAGGAUUUAAACUGUAAAGAAGAAGUUACAGUGUGGCUUUUAAAGCGUUUUUUAAUAAAGUUG